GGAAUAUUUUUUUACGUGAUAUCUUUUAAUUAACUAUAAACAAACAAACAAAAAAGUUAAUUCAUCAAAUAAACGUUUUAUUAAGAACAAUUUUGAAUUGUUUAUUCGACAAUAUUAGAAAAAAUUACUUGUUUGCAGCUCAGAUAUGAUUUCAAAGAACAAAAUUAGCUAAAGUUUGCAUGGUUAAUAGCUAUUGUUAUCCCUUUUGCAGUGAAGUGAUCUUUUGCAAGCUUUAUCUCACAACACUUGCAGAAAAUCAAUAUGAAUGGCGACAUUCCUCCUGAAAAUAAUACAAAGCUUAAGAAAUCCAAUAAUAGAAACAAAGCAAAGGUACAAGUUGCUCUGCUUGAUGAUACUGUGAUGGUAUUUGAUGUUGAGCCUCGCUCACUAGGUGAAGUUUUAAUUAAACAAGUCAAUAGUCACCUUAAUCUAGAUGAAGCAGAAUACUUUGGACUUCAAAUAUCAUCCGAUGAUAAGGAUAUAAAUGAAUGCUGGCUUGAUCCACUAAAAUCAAUUCAACGUCAAGUAAAAGAUUGUACUAAAGUAACAUUCAAAUUUCGGGUGAUGUUUUAUACUUCAGAACCUCAUUUACUUCAAGAAUACACAAGAUAUUUGUUUACACUACAAGUUCGCAGAGAUCUUCUAGAUGGAAGGCUUCCUUGCUCAGAGGACACAGGGGCUUUAAUGGCAUCCUAUAUUGUUCAAGGUGAACUAGGUGACUUUGAUCCAGUUAAUCAUAAGGAGGGUUAUUUAACUGGCUUUCAGUUUGUUCCUAAACAGACUGAGGAAGUUGAAAAAUCAAUUGUCAAUUAUCACAAAUCUCACAAAGGUUUGUCUGCAGUUGAAGCAGAUCAAAAAAUGUUAAAUAUUGCUCGGCAACUUGAUAUGUAUGGUAUUACAACAUAUAGUGCACAAGAUAAUGAAGGAACUAAUAUCGAUUUGGCAGUUUAUCAUAUGGGGAUUUUUGUAAUUCAAAAUCAUAAAAAGAUUAAUUCUUUUUCAUGGGGAGUUAUAAGAAAAAUUAGUUUCAAAAAAAAGAAGUUUUUGAUCAAACUGCGGCCAACUGCAAAUCAAGGAGAUGGUAAUGUCAUUUCAUUCACAAUGGGAAGCCGAAACAUAUCUAAAGGGUUCUGGAAAUUUUGUUUAAAUCAUCAUACAUUUUUUAGACUCACUUCUGUUAAACCUAAAUCAAACAGCAAAUCUAAUAUAUUAAUUAAAAGAGGCUCAUCAUACCGAUACAGUGGAAGAACAAAGAAAGAAAUUACUGAUAUAGCUACUAAAAAAUUACGGUGUACUCCUGAUGUCUCUGCUGAAAAAAUAAAGCAAAACAAUUCUCCCCAAGUAUUAGCAAAUACUCCAAGUUGCAGUACCCCACACUAUACAACUAAAGAAGUUAAAGAAGAAUUUAAUAAAGGAAGCUUUAGUUUAUACUCCGAUCAAAGUAAAAGUGACAGUAUUAGUGAAGAUUCAAUUAUUAUGAAUGACAGUUUAGCAAAAAAUAAUAUUAUUAAAAUGAAGCAUGAAGACUCAUUUGAUUAUUCAGUUAAACAAGUAAAACAUGAAAAUUCAUUUACUCAAGAUUAUUUAAUUAAACCAAAAAUAGUAGAAGAUAAUGACUUAAUUAUUCCAAAAAUAGUAGAAGAUAAUGACUUAAUUAUUCCAAAAAUAGUAGAAGAUAAUGACUUAGUCAAAGAAAAUAUUAUUGAAUCUAAGCUUGAAGCUGAUUUAUCUGAAGAUUCUGAAGAUUUUGGCCUUCAAUUUAAUGUACCUAGUUAUACACCUGACAACAAAGUUAUCCAAAACAAGACUGUUUUUUCAAAAUCAAAUCAUUGGCAAUAUAAUAUUUCAUCAAUAUCAUCAGAUGACUUUAAUAAUGAAGAUGAUAACCUUCCAGUUCAAGAAUAUUCAGAUGUUAAUAAUAGUUUGAAUAAAAAAGAUGAUGUAGAGAUUGAUAUUCAAUUAAGAAAUAAAGUUCAAGAUCUUUAUAUUCAACAAAAUCCAAAGAAUGUCAACUAUGAUUCGGAUUCAGAUGCAUCUGCGCUAACAGUUGAAGAAGAAGAAAGUGCUUUUGAAGAUGAUUUAUCUCUCCCUCGCAGUACUUCAAGCAGUGUUAGUAGUAUGCAUAAAAGAGAUUGCCUACGUGACCUAUACAAGGUUAAAAAUUCUUGGAGAAUCUACAAUAUUGCCAAAGAAAUAUUACUUACUGAGCGAACUUAUGUGAAAGACCUUGAGGUUUUAACUAUUUCUUUUCGUAAUGUAGUUGAACGCCAUCUUCCUACCAAAGUUUUAAACUUAAUUUUUGACAAUAUUGACCCACUUUAUGACUUUCAUUGUUCAUUACUUGCUGAGCUAGAAGAAAGUAUGUUGUUAUGGGAAGGUUUGUUGACAAAUGAUGUUUCUCACGAAAUGAUACAAAAAAUUGGAGAUAUUUUACAUAAAAAUAUGAGACAAAUUAAAAUUUACGAAAAUCAUAUUGAAAUGUAUGGAAAUAUUAUGCUUGCUCUUGAAGAACAUAUUAGGAAUUCAAAAGAAUUUGACAAAGCAUAUAAAGAAUUUGAGCUUACAAAAAUGUGCUACUUGUCCAUAAACUCGUUUUUAAUGAAACCAGUACAAAGGUUGUUGUACUACAAAGAUAUUUUGGAACGUCUCACCAAGGAAUAUGGAACAUAUUAUCCUGAUGCUAUUGAUAUUAAAGUUGCUUAUGAAGAAGUUGUUUUUACUAACAAUCGAAUUGAAAAGUGUUUUAAUAGUUUAACAAAUAUGCAUAAAUUAAUUGAACUUGAAAACGAUUUAGUUGGUAUUGAUGGCUUAGUUUGUUCUGAGAGGAUAUUCAUUCGGGAAGGUUGCCUUUAUAAGAUAUGUCGCAAAGGUCCCCAGCCAAGAAUGUUUUUUCUGUUAUCUGACAUUCUAUUGUAUACAAGUCAAGGUUUAACUGCAUCAAAUCAUUUUAAAGCGAGAAGUUUGAUUCCUUUAUGGAUGCUUAAAAUAGAAGAAGAUGGGAUUGAAUGGCAUGGUUUAUAUGCUUUUACCUUAACAAUGCAAGGAGAAAGUUCAUUUGUAGUUGCUGCAAAAUCUCCAGAAGAACGACAAAAAUGGAUGGAAGAUUUAAAUGAUGCUAUACAAAGAGAUCGACUUAAGAAUAUAUGCAGUGAGUGCAAAAUGAAGAUAUCUAAUAACAUUCACAUAGCAGUACACGAUAUAAAAUGUCAGAGAUGUAAAAAUGAAAUAGAAAGCCUAUUGCUGAUACCACCUAGUGAACGCCUUUUGCACUGGCAGAAAAUUUAUCCUCCACUUCCAAUAAUUCAAAAGUUAUCGUUGGAAACUGAUUCAGAUGAUGAGGGAUCAUUUUCAGUUAAUGAACAAUCAUCUUUGGAUAGAUAUUAUUCAAAAUCUACUCGUCAUAUAUGCUGGCACAGGAAUAUGAGCAUUAACAUGCAUGACUAUACUCUUUCUAUGCAGAAUAGUUUAAGCGGUGUUUUACUCAGAAAACUCAAAAAUUCAAACAAAUGGCAAAGACUAUGGGUUGUAUUCACUAAUUUUUGUUUGUAUUUUUUCAAGACAUAUGAGGAUGAAGCACCUACAACAACUUUACCAGUAAUUGGUUAUACUCUUUGUAAACCAUCAGAGAAUGAACUUCAUGAUGAGCUUGGAUUUCAGCUUCAAUUUAAAACUCGUAUUUACUAUUUUCGAGCCGAGACAGAUUAUGCUUACGAAAGAUGGACAGAAGUUAUCGGAAAAAUUGCGAUGCAGACGUUGCCAAGCAAACAAAAAGCCGUGUUGCUUAGUGCUUAGUGUUUUUUUUGCUGUUGUUUUUUUUUUGUUUUUUUUUAAUAUUUAUAAUAGUUUGUUUUUCAUUACGUUUAUUAAGUCCUCCAGACAUAUUUGUGUAAGGCAGAAUUAAUUUAGGCAAAAAUGUGUUUUUUCAAUUAUUUCUAUUUAUUAAUUAAAUAUAAAUAUUAUAUAUAUACAAAUAUAUUAUUUUUUUAUAUAUAUUAUUUUCAGAUGAAAUUUAUGUUGCUCACCUUUUCUUUUUUUAUUUAAUUUUUUUUUUAAUGAACGGUAAUUUUUUUCAAUAGAUUUUUUUACAUUGUGAAAUUUGACUUAUCUUGUAUCAUAUAUUUUUUAAAUAUUUUAAUUUAUUUUGUUCUUUUUAAAAUAUGAUUUUGUACGAGUCAA